UUUUGCUGUGAGGGUGAUCUCAUGGAAGGAGAGCUUUAUUCUGCUCUCAAGGAGGAAGAGGCCUCCGAGUCUGUACAAAGUACAAACUUCAGUGGUGAAAUGCACUUCUAUGAGCUCGUAGAAGACACAAAAGAUGGGAUCUGGCUGGUACAGGUCAUAGCAAACGAUAGAAGCCCGCUGGUGGGUAAAGUCCACUGGAAGAAAAUGGUGAAGAAAGUAUCAAGAUUCGGCAUACGUACCGGCACUUUUAACUGUUCCAGUGACCCCAGAUACUGUAAGAGGAGGGGCUGGCUGAAAUCCACCCUCAUCAUGUCUGUCCCGCAAACCAGCACGUCCAAGGGGAAGGUCAUGCUCAAGGAGUACAGCGGGCGCAGAACGGAGGUGGAGCACAUCUUCAAAUGGAUCACAGCGCACGCCGCCUCUCGCGUCAAAGCCAUCUACAACUCGGAGCACCUCCAAGAGGAGUGGAACAAAAGUGACCAGUACCGGGUGAAAAUCUACCUGUUCGCCGACCUCGACCAGCCGCCCGCCUUCUUCUCCGCGUUGAGCGUGAAGUUUACUGGACGAGUGGAGUUUAUCUUUGUGAACAUGGAAAACUGGGACAAUAAAAGCUACAUGGCAGAAAUUGGGAUCCACAAGACACCGUCCUACAUACUUAGGACUCCCGAGGGGAUUUAUAGAUAUGGAAGUAAUACUGGUGAAUUCAUAUCCUUACGUGCCAUGGAUUCCUUUUUGCGCUCGUUGCAGCCAGAAGUUAAUGAUUUAUUUGUUUUAAGCUUAGUUUUGGUUAAUCUGAUGGCUUGGAUGGACCUGUUUAUUACACAGGGCGCUACUAUCAAGCGCUUCGUGGUUCUUAUAAGCACUUUAGGGACAUACAAUUCAUUAUUAAUUAUUUCCUGGCUCCCUGUGCUAGGUUUUUUGCAACUCCCUUACUUAGAUAGCUUUUACGAGUACAGCUUAAAACUCUUCAGGUACUCCAAUACAACUACUUUGGCUUCCUGGGUAAGAGCUGACUGGAUGUUCUACUCUUCCCAUCCCGCCCUCUUCCUCAGCACUUACCUUGGUCACGGGUUGCUCAUCGAUUACUUUGAGAAGAAGCGAAGACGCAACAACAACAACGAUGAAGUAAACGCCAAUAACCUGGAGUGGCUGUCGAGCCUGUGGGACUGGUACACGAGCUACUUGUUCCACCCCAUCGCUUCUUUCCAGCACUUCCCUUUUGACUCGGACUGGGACGAAGACCCGGAUUUGUUCUUGGAGCGCUUGGCCUUCCCCGAUCUUUGGCUGCACCCUCUGAUACCAACUGAUUAUAUAAAAAACUUACCCGUGUGGAGGUUUAAAUGCCUGGGCGCUCGCUCUGACGAGGAGGCCUUUCCAGACAGCGACAGUGACUGUGACAGCGACAGCAAGGAGCCCUGGGGCAGCGAGAAGGAAACCUCGGAGGACGAGGAGCAGCGGGCGCAGGGCGGGCGCGGGGAAGGGGCUCCRUGGUGCGGGCCGUGCCGCGGCGCUGCCCGCCCGCAGCCGGACUGGUCGGCGUGGCCCUCGCCGGCGCUGCGCUGCACCGAGUGCGUCGUGUGCCUGGAGAACUUCGAGAGCCGCUGCCUGCUCACGGCCUUGCCCUGCGGCCACGUCUUCCACCACGGCUGCGUCGUCGUGUGGCUGGCGGGCGGGCGCCACUGCUGCCCCGUGUGCAGGUGGCCUUCGUACAAAAAGAAGCCGCCCUUCGCGCGCCCGCAGCCCUUGCCCAGCGAGGCGCCGUCGUAGCCGCGCUCCCGCGCUGUUCCUGCUUGCCUUCUCAAUGUUAGUCACUUAAGAUUACGUGGUUUGAAGUUUUAGUUUAAAUGUUAGUGCGGUGAGCUAAAAUAUACACGAUGCUAACGUUAACGACAGAAUCAUUUGGUUGCCUUGUAUGUUGAACUGAAUGCAUACGUAUCGUACGAUAACGUUUUCUUUUCGACGUUUCGGAGACUUGAUGCUGGGUUUUGUAAGCACAAGAAUCAGGCCCGCAAGAGCAGCGGAUUCCAGCAAACGCUGCCGAGGUAGGACGGGGGUGAAAUUGAAAUUCUAAUCAGAGACGAUUGCUUAAUUUAAGUGUUUCUUAUUUUAGAGUCUGUUCAGCACAUCUUUGU